AUGCGAUGGCCGCCAUGGACUUCCAACACGAACGAGAAGGAAGGGAAGGAGGACAAAAGGGAAGAUAAACCCCCAUCUUCCAAGAAAGAAGACAAGGCAAUCCUCCAUGCCACCGACUGGGCGGCCUUCACCGAGUCCCGAACGCUGAUCCCAACCGCCAUCCUGACGAGCGCGAUUCUCCUCACGGUAUACGUCCGCACACGAGUCCUGCGUCGCUUCCGCGAUGCCCCCAGCAUCCCCUCCGAAGGCCUUCGCCGCCGCAGCGUCUUCGGGCAAGUCACCUCCGUCGGCGACGGCGACAACUUCCGUCUGUACCAUACUCCCGGCGGGCGACUAGCAGGCUGGGGAUCAUCCUGGAAGAAGGUGCCGACGGCCAAGAAAGAACUGAAAGACGAGACGAUUCACAUCCGUCUGGCCGGUGUUGAUGCCCCCGAACUCGCCCACUUCGGACGCCCCGCACAACCGUACGCACGCGAAGCACACGUAUGGCUAACGAGCUAUCUGCUUGAUCGGCGGGUACGCGCCUACCUCCACCGACACGACCAGUACGGACGGGUGGUGGCGAGCGUGUACGUACGGCGCGGGUUCGAGCUGCCGCUGCCCUUUGUGCGCCGGGAUGUUUCGUACGAGAUGCUCCGACGCGGGUUGGCAACCGUUUACGAAGCAAAGCAGGGGGCCGAGUUUGGUGGGCCGGCCAAGGAGAUCAAAUAUCGGAAUGCAGAACGGUGGGCGCGUUUAUGGCGGAAGGGAUUGUGGAAGGAUUAUCACCGGAAGGGAUGGGAGAGUCCUCGCGACUACAAGAAUAGGAUGGGCAUGUCGGAGCAGGAGACUAAGAAUGGUGUAUGA